AGACAGUCAAACGAUGACGCGUAAUCAUCCAACACGGAAGUAGCAUGCAGAGUCCCUUUUGACGCAUUCAUCUGUACUUUCAGACCCUCUUAUCACAUUAAUACAGAGAUUAUAAGUCCAGGCGUUAGCUCUAGUAGAUAAAUCAGACGGAGGUUUGCGUGGUGCAGGUAUGUCGUCCAGCGGAGAAGUAAUUUUACGGGCCGUAGAGACGCCGUUGUUCUGGCUUGGUGCUCUGACCGCGGCCUGGCUGUCUGUGUGCUCCGUGUACCGGCUGCUGUCCGGGGUCAAAGUGUGGGUGCUGGGCAAUGGACGGCUCGUAUCACCCGCCAAACUGGGCAAAUGGGCAGUUGUGACAGGAGCCACAGAUGGGAUUGGGAAAGCUUACGCAGAGGAGCUUGCCCGCAGAGGCUUUGCCAUCGUGCUGAUCAGCCGCUCUCAGGAGAAGCUGGAUGACGUAUCCAAGGCGAUCUCGAGUAAAUGUGGUGUGGAGACCAAAACCAUUGCAGCAGACUUUAGUGCUGUAGAUAUCUACCCCAAGAUUGAAGAUGGACUUGCAGGACUGGAGAUUGGAGUUUUGGUGAACAAUGUUGGAAUAUCCUAUUCCUACCCUGAAUUCUUCCUCAAUGUGCCCAAUCUCGACAGUUUCAUCGACACCAUGGUCAACAUUAACAUAACAUCUGUGUGCCAGAUGACACGUCUUGUUUUACCUGGAAUGGUGGAGAGGAAGAAGGGGGCCAUCCUCAACAUCUCAUCUGCCAGUGGGAUGUAUCCUGUUCCUCUCCUUUCUGUCUACUCUGCCUCCAAAGCAUUUGUGGACUUCUUUUCACGAGGACUCCAAGCCGAAUACAAGAGCAAAGGCAUCAUCAUCCAGAGUGUUCUGCCAUUUUUUGUUGCAACCAAGCUGAGUAAAAUCCGACGGGCAACUCUGGACAAGCCCAGUCCGGAGCGUUACGUUUCAGCUGAGCUCAGUACUGUGGGGCUACAGACCCAGACCAAUGGCUACCUGCCUCAUGCCAUUAUGGGCUGGGUGACUACAGCUCUGCUCCCUGCCAAGAUCCUCAACAGCUAUGUGAUGGGGAUGGGUUUGUCCCAGCGCGCUCGUUACCUCAAGAAGCAGAAGCAGGGAUAGAUGGAUCGGCGGCGUCGGGCAGAGGGGCCCAGCUGUGUUAACGACUUGUCCGACUACCAUCAUCAUCAUGGACCAAGAAGAGAAAAUGUGACUGUUUCUGGGCAGCGUCUCAGUUCCCCUCCCUCUGAUACUCCCAGUCAUAGAGGAUGUGAGGUAGUAUCUGGCCACACUUGCCAUUACAUGUAAUCAAUCCAAACAGUUGUGUGAAAAAUACCGAACAAAGUUGUGCUCCUCUUUGAGUGAUCAGCUUCAAUGAAUGGAACACUUUAACAUGGAACUAUCCUAGAACUAUCCAUCCGUCUGCAAAACACUGCAAGGGAAACUUAUAGAUAAUUUGGAUAUGUCUGAGGUUUGAGCCCCCAGUGAGUACUUGGACCAGCUGCCUUUAAGCUGUCUAGUAGGACCCUGGAGGUGGGACUUACCUAACACUUUCUAGAGCACUUAAACAAGGUGUCGAGAUUUAAAAGGCUGAAAUAAUCUUUUUGCGAUGAUGGCUUUCUUGAUUCUUCAUCUUUUGGAUUCAUAUUAGUUUUAAAGUUUAAAAGCUCCCGGAUUUACCUUUCUGAUUGAUGACCAACUCAAAAUGGUGAAAGGUUACUUGUUUUCUUGUUUCAUCUUAAUGUUUUCUCUGCAGUAUUAAUAUGGGACCACAUGUAUAAUUUAACCAAACUACAUUUCAGAGGGAGAAAAUUAUUAAAUAUGUUUUGUUUACAUUCUUUUAAAUUCAUUCUUACAACUGGCAUUAUGGCGUGUACUCCAUAGUUCUUAAAAUUCAAGAAAAAUUCUCUCAAGAUAAAUCUAAUUCUGGUUUAAUGAAUGGGUGGUUUGUUUGCGCAAUAGAGAGUGAAUCACAUCUACAUUGAUCUCAGUGUUUUCACCUGUGUUGUUGGAUUUACUAAAAUGUUAAAACCAAAUCAAACACAAAUGAAACAAACAAUUCUUUGACUUCUUUUUUUUUUUAAAAAAAACUACCUUUACAUUGAGUUAAUGUGCUCUCAGAGUAUGGCAGUAGUCACCAACUCAUGCUACUUAGUGCAGCAGCCAGGAACCAAAUUCGGCCUGAAGGCUAAUGCUUUUGUAAAUGGUAAUGACCUCAGGUAUGAGAAAUGUUCCUCAUACGUCGGUUGCAUGUUGUUUGAGCUUUGGUCCAGAGUACUUGUGUACCAUCAGGAUGUACUGACUCUAGAAAACUGCACUGCAUUUGUCCUUUCAGACAUCAAUAAAUAUCAAUUCAAAUAAGUCCA